GGAGGCGUCUCCAUUGAAGCAGCCGCUGCGUCGCCUGUCUGGCAAUCAAACCGAGCCGCGUUUCCCCUCCCACUCCCCGGUUCGUUUCGUUUCGCCCCGCAUCUCCUCAGCGAACACCAAAUGCAGGGAUGGAUAACAGCUAUAAACUCAAACACGACGACUGCAGACCAGCGGAAGUGGAACGCGUACAAUAAAUCCGUGAUAGCCAAGGAGGGAAAGAGGGUGGAUUGUCACCUGUGCGCUCAGCGGCGGCGUCCACACCUCUAUUUGACUAGUUAGCGUUCAUUGUACCUCCCAAAGUGAGCAUGCGCACACGUCACAAGACUGCGCUGCAGGUUUCUCGCUAAAUUGAAUUAAGCUGUUAACUUGUUCAAACACAAGAGGAGGGAGACUCCCCGCCGAAGCUCUCUUGCUCUCUCGCGUCCCGACCUCUUUUCACGGGACAGAGACAUGUCUGGACGGACUGUGACCAUCCCGGACGACCGGGCGUUCGCCAGCUUUAAGUCGGAGUGUCUGAGUGAGGAAGGCUGGAAUGUCACCUACAACAAGGGGGGCAUCGCGGUGUGGAGCCAGGUGCUGGAGGAGGGCAAGUCUGUCCACAAAAUAAAGUGUCGGAUGGUCACUAAGGACGUGUCAGCUGAGACCAUGUACGAUGUUCUCCAUGACAUUGAAUACAGAAAAAAUUGGGACAAGAAUGUCAUCGAGACCUUCGAUAUUGGAAAGCUUACUGUCAAUGCAGAUGUUGGUUAUUAUGCAUGGAAGUGUCCUAAACCGCUCCGUAACCGAGACGUUGUCACGCUUCGCUCCUGGUUACCAAUGGGGAAAGACUACAUCAUCAUGAACUACUCUGUUAAGCAUGCAAAAUAUCCUCCUAAAAAGGAUGUGGUUAGAGCUGUGUCCAUACAGACUGGCUACAUGGUCCAGAGCCAGGGGCCCAACCACUGUGUCCUCACAUACAUGGCGCAGCUAGAUCCACGAGGUUCAUUACCCAAGUGGGUUGUGAAAAAGUUUUCCCACUACCUUGCACCAGGCGCAAUGAAGAGUAUUAACAAAGCAUGUUUGAAGUAUUCUGACUGGAAGCAGAGACACAACCCUGGAUUGAAGCCUUGGCUCUACCCAGAACAGACUACAUUACCCAGCAUCCCACUUUCUGAGCUUAGCAUUCAGCAUGCCGAGAGCCUGGAAAAUAUUGAUGAGAGCUCCCUGGCUGAGACCAAUGACAGGGAUGACAGCUACUAAUCCAUGCACAUGCAAGUUAGACCUAGAUCAUGUAUUCAUACAUACAUGCAUAAAUGCAGGGAUACAUGCAUGCCUGAUACACAAUUACCCAUACGCUUUGUAGAUGCAUUCACACAGACACACAGUGAUUGUAUACCUCUUCAUGCUCACAGCAUAUUGUGUUGGAGCAUUCAGAUGCAAAUGCACAUUUCAAGAAGUCAGCUCCAGUUUUUCCUACAUAAUGCAUGCAUACAUACUUUCCCUAUGUCGGAUGCGCUCACAGCUGCACAGUCACUUGCAAUGGACUGCAAGUAUUUUUUACAACUUAAGAAAUAUUGGUCGAAUAUCUACAAAUGCAAGUUGCCCGUUAGUUUUCAAAUCAGAUUGUUAUGGUAAAUCUUGGCAAAUCUACAGGAUAGAUGUUUAUAUGUUAGUGGCUUUCAAUUAAACCUCAGCAAAACAAUGUAUUUAAAACUGAUAUUCCUCCACAGUUUGCAUAAAUGGAGUUCAUAUUUCAAUGGUUUAAUGUGUCCAACGAAAAGAUUUACAGAUUUGUUUUCAUUUGUAUGUCUCUAUCAUGUUUUCAGUUGUUUUGUAAACACACAAUAAAUAUGCAGGUGUACAGAAAGCA